CGAUUUCAUAGCCACGUGACACCACUACGCGGCAGGUGAUAUACUUAGUUGUCCAGGAAAAGGAAAGCAGGUAAACAAGGAAAGAUCAGGAGUUGGACAUAAGAAGAAAAAUGAACUUGAUAUUUGGUAGACUGAAAGUUCGUCCAGAGGUUUACCCUCUCAUUGUCAUAUUGUCUGGAGCGUGUGGACUAGCCGCCUUCUUCGGAGGCAGAGCGGCCUUUCUGUAUCCGGACGUUGCAUGGGAUCAUAAAAAAAAUCCUCACCCGUGGUUGUCCAUUCAACAAAGAGAACAACGAAAGCUCUAUUCCACAAAAGACUAUGAUAAGCUACCUAAAGGAGACCGACCAGACAUCUAACCUGCGGUCAAUUCUGAUCUUCAAGUAGCGAGAAGAACAUCAAGGCAUGUAUUAAAUUAUUUGUAUAGAAACAUGGACAAUAAUUUUCCGAAAUAGAUGUAGAUUUUAGUUUGAAUGCUGUGUGGCUUGCACUAAUGCAUUUCGCCAUAAUGAUGAAAACAUUCAUGCUGACAA